GUAACGCUCCUUUCAGUUUAACGGUGUAGUUAUUAGACUCUGGUUAUGUGCGUGAACGCGGUAAACAAUAGGACGUUUACACCGCUGUAAAACCUCUGUCGUGUCCCGGUUUUAACACCAUAUUCUCGUGUUAAAAAGAGUCAUGAAUACUGGAAAUAUCGGACCGCGCCACAGUUAUAACAACGCCCGUGCCACGGUUUGUCCGGGCAAAGUAUUUACGUCGUUCCUCGUGUGCACGUCAACGCUACUGUUUCCCCCUGUUCAUACAUCACUCCCUCUCAUCAUCAAUACGUGGCCAUUCAAGGAUGCGACGGCUUCAGCGUGGCGUACUCUGCAGUCAGGUGGCUCGGUGCUGGACGCAGUGGAGCAGGGCUGCGCCCGCUGUGAGGUGGAGCAGUGUGACGGCAGCGUCGGCUACGGCGGGAGCCCCGACGAGUCUGGAGAGACCACGCUGGAUGCCAUGAUAAUGAAUGGGGAUACAAUGGAGGUGGGUUCAGUCGCAAACCUGAGAAGAAUCAAGAAUGCCAUCGGAGUAGCAAGGGCCGUGAUGGAACGCACUGAACACACGCUGCUGGUGGGAGAGUCAGCUUCUGUGUUUGCUGAAAACAUGGGCUUCACUGCGGAGGACCUGGCAACCAACAAAUCCACGAGCAUGUUCUCGCGCUGGCUGAGCGGCAACUGCCAACCCAAUUAUCGCAAGAAUGUUUUUCCAGAUCCUUCCAAGUCCUGUGGACCCUACAAGCCCAAGGCGAUACUGAAGGAGACGAGGAGGGCACAGCAUGCUGAUAUUCACUCCCACGACACCAUAGGGAUGCUGGCUCUUGAUCAAAAUGGCCACGUGGCUGCCGGUACAUCGACCAAUGGAAUGACUCACAAAGUUCCGGGCCGUGUUGGGGACUCUCCUAUAGCUGGAGCAGGGGCUUAUGCAGACAGCUCAGUUGGUGGCGCUGCCGCUACCGGAGAUGGAGAUAUUAUGAUGCGCUUUCUACCGAGUUACUUGGCCGUGGAGCUGAUGAGGACCGGGGCAGAUCCCUCAACAGCCUGCAAGAUGGCCAUUUCCAGAAUCAAGAGGCAUUACUCAGAGUUCUUCGGAGCCAUCAUCUGUGCUAACACCACAGGGCAUUAUGGUGCAGCCUGCAACAAAGUCCCCGGUUUCUCCCAGUUCCACUACAUGGUGUCUAACUCCGAGUCGGACGCACCAGUCCUGAAGUCUGUGGACUGCUUCUGACGAGGUUAUGAUUGAUUAUAUAUUAAAAUUCAUUAACAGCCUUCACGUUGUAUUUUAAUGCUGAAGAUUUUGGUGUAAAAUACACUUGUAAGUUUAAUUGCUCCAACCUUGAUUACUCUUUUUACACUUUAUUAAAUUUCAUGACAUGCGUUGUAAUAA